AUGCUAAAAAAAAAGUUGCAAACUAUCAAGGUGAGAAUACCUGUUCCUCAUAAUAUACAAAAUUUGAAGGCCAAAAGUGUUGAAGUAUCAGAAUACAAAAAAAGCCCACAACAUUCAGACGCUGAAGUUAUCAGACAAAUAAAGAGGCUAUGCCAAACAACUAAUAAUGAAAACAACAAUAACAUUGAUAUCGAUCCUAAGAUUCAAGCUAAAACUUUGAAUCGUGAUAAAAAGGAAGACCUAUCGUAUCAAAUUGACGCGUUAGCUGAUAGGUUGAAUAACCUGAAACACUCAAAGUAUCUCCCUCUUGAAUUUACUACAACUGUAAAGGACAGCACCCCAUACGACUAUUUAGCCAAAGCAAGUAUAGGUCAAGAGAAAAAGAGACUCUCGGUUACAAAAAUAAUACCCUAUAGAUACUGCGAGUUGAAAUCAAUGUAUGAAGUUUAUCUUGGGUUUGAGAUGCACCGAUCUGAGGCCAUGAAACAUGGUGUUGAAAUACAUCGCACAAUGGAAAUUAACGACCACCCACAAAGACCUAUUUUGGUGGAAUCUGCAAAUCAAGAAAGUAGGAGUUUAGUCGAUGUUGAUGCUGAGGAGCUACAACCUGCUGAUAGAUCAACACGUCAAACCAGAAAAAAGAUGGUAGAUCAAACACUAAAACGAAUGUCCAGACUGAAUAACCAAAAUGUUGUCACUUUGCAAGAUCCCGAGUUGAGUGAUGAUAUCAGCGUUAAAAACCCCGAAACCUCAUUUAUUAAGGACGAGGGAAAAUAUAAUCAAGAAAAAGACAGAGAAUCAUGGAUUAAUACUACACUCAAGGACGCAAAAACAAAUGGGGAAAGAGGAGAAGCUGUAGACAAAAAUAGUAUUUUUGCUGAUAUCGAAAAAGCACAGAUGGUGGCAGGCACUUCGAGAAGAACAGAUGAACUCAAUUCGAAAAUGACAUUAAUUACUGAAGCUAUUGAUAAAGGCUUCCAGAUAAUUCCGAAGAUUCGACUGAAAGGCGAAAAAGAGCCAUCGGGGUCAGAUGCUUUCAAGUUGACACAAACUCUUAUUAGAUAUCUUCAGUUGUUCCGAAAGGGAACAUGCCACGAAGUGCUAGUGCAUGGGUUUUAUAACCCACAUAUUGAAGAUUUAAUAAUACCAUCAAACAAGAAGCAACUAAUUGAAGAUGAUAAAAUCACUAUAAGCGGUGUAAUUGAUCAACUAAAGCUUCAGAGUGUACAAGAAGGUGCUUUUCCUCUGUUCCAGAAAGAAAUUAGUGAAAAAUUGGAAGGUACCGAAACAUUUGAACAAUUGAUAAAAACCAUUGAGGACGUUACUAGGUCAUGGGUCUCAGAACAAGAUCCAAUGAUUGAAUUAGUGAUCAAUGAUGAUAAAACUAGGAUGUUCAAUGCCAGACCAACACGAAUAGUUCAACAACAGAAUUUAGUUCAAGUUGGUAUGUACGCCAAACUAUUGGGACUACUUACAAAUAAUGUUGAUUUCACCUACCACUCAUGGUUAUGUAAUAUGAAGGAUAGAGGGAAUGAAGUUUUUGAACCAUUAUCUAAUGAUGUUGUUUCCUUUUGCUCGAUUUGCAGUGAUUUAUUAUUUAACGAUUUUCUAAGAUUGAAGAAUGGUGAAAUGAUCGAUUAUUCAGAUAUUGUGGACGGUCCUUAUUCAGCAUCUGGUAUGACGAAGUUCAUAUAUGAAAAUACAACAGAUGACACUAGUCUUGAUAUACUUGCUGGAGAAUGGAUCUAUCCACCAACAUUGGCACAUAUCACAGCGAGGUUAUCACAAGUUCAGCUGUUGGUAAAACCCUUUUUUCACAAGAAAAUCGAAGUUACUUACCUUUUUGCAGACCCCAAAAAUUCUGGCAAAUUAAAGGUAAUUGAUGUUUCUCAAAGCCAAUAUGAUGAAGAGUUCAUCAAUGAGCAAAUACAUUUAGGGAUGGACCUAUGGAUGGGUAGGAGGGAACCGGCUGGCCCAUUAAUGCCACAAGCUUGCAAGAAUUGCGAAUUCAAUCACAAGUGCCAAAUACCCCUCAAAAGACAAGGCCUAUUGUAG